CGCACGCUUUCGAACAGGUCAGAAUCGAAGGGAUUGCCCAGGACUGCCCAAAUUUCGUGAUCAGGUGCUCCGCAUCUGGCUGCGUUGCCUUCACCUUGAACGAUGUCACCAGUAGUCAACCUCUCUCAUGGUUGAAGAAACGACGAGGGUGACAUUGAAUCAACACGUUUGCUCAAGAUUUCGGCUGACGCUGACAAUCCCAAGAAAGCCACUAGGGGGCCACUAGUGGCAGUAGUUCCGCUUUUAGCUGAAGGGCAAUGGCGGCGGAGUAUGGGAAUGACAAAGAGCGGCUGGACGGAGUGAUUGGAACGUAUCGGGCCAAAAAGGCGGACUCGUUUCCCAAUGUGGAAGACCUGACGCCAGCAGAGGCACUCUCUCUCAGCCCUGAAUCUGUUCUGUUUGUUGAUGCAAGGAGUGAUGGAGAGAGAGCCAUAUCCACAAUCCCAGGAGCUGUAACAAAGGAGGAGUUCUUGCGGGAUGGAGAGAAGCUUGCAGCCGGGAAGGACCUGGUCGUCACUCACUGCGCCCUGGGCGCAAGAGGAGGCAAUCUGGCUAAGCAGAUCAAGGAUACACAUCCAGACUUGAAGGUCAAGAAUCUCGAAGGUGCCCUCCUUGCUUGGGCGCAUGCAGGUGGGCCUCUUGUUGAUGCAAGUGGUGCACCCACAAAGAGCUUUCACCCCGGUGGUCCUGGACAGCUUAAGUUUGCACCAAAAGAGAAUGGUUAUGAGGCCAAGCUCGAGGAGCAAUGAGGACCUUCAGCCCAGGUUAACUAUCAGACGUCAAGUCUUCUUGCAUAUAGUGUAUUCAAGUAUUCAAGAUUCGCUGUGGCGGUUGCGAUGGUCUACUCUGCUUGGGUUGUUUGUUGAGUCGACAGAUGAAUUUUGGCGAGCUAUUAUAAAGCACACGUACUCUUGGCUUGUUGAACGCCUGUUGGAUGUUUGUACACUGUGGCCCUUACUUUGUGCACGUGAAGGAAGACAUAGCGGUAAGAGAAGGCUGCCGCACCUAUUUUUGGCAGGAGCAAGCCAGCGCCAUCCGGCCUGAUCUGAGGUGCAACCGCACACCGAAUCAGCGGAAUGAUUGAUUACGUCGCAUAUGUACC